AAACUAUAGUGAAAUAUUUGACAGUUCUUUUUGGUCGGUGGGGUACUUGACAUUUGGAAGAUAAGAACAGACAAAUUUUGUAACAAAAUGAAAAUCCCAGGAUUUGCUCUCAACCUUUGUCCUAAUAAAUCCUAAAUGUUGUUUUACUUUAAAUACCAAAAUUACAGACAAGCUUUUGUCCUAAACUCCCUCCCUAUCAACAAACCCUAUAACCCUUUGAACCGAAGGCCAGCGAAGUAAAAACACAUUCUAUUCAUAGUCAUUCACAACCAAAUCACCUAAUUUUUCUUGCUAAAGAAGAAACAAAAACCAGGGAAGAAAAAAAAAAUUAAGAGAAGAAAAUUACACAAAAAAAUUAAAAACCUUUCUAUUUUCUCUUCCUCCUUUGAGCAUUUACCUCUUCCUUUGAGCUUUUACCUCCUCCUCCCCCACCCUUUUAUGCAACAAUGGGAAAUUGUUGCUCUCACGGACAGGACUCGGCCGAUAACGGAGAUGGACAUGCACUGGAAAACGGAGCUACCACUUCAAAUGCUGCCAAUAAGACUGGUCCAACCGCGGAAGCUUCUGUACCACAAUCUAAACAUGCGCCUCCCUCUCCUCCUCCUGCAACAAAACAAGGCCCUAUAGGCCCUGUCUUAGGUCGACCCAUGGAAGAUGUAAAAUCUUCAUAUUCUCUAGGGAAAGAGCUUGGGCGAGGCCAAUUUGGUGUCACCCACCUCUGCACACAGAAGGCAACAGGUCAGCAAUUUGCUUGCAAGACGAUUGCAAAAAGGAAGCUUGUGAACAAGGAAGACAUUGAGGAUGUAAGAAGAGAAGUGCAGAUCAUGCAUCACCUGACUGGUCAACCUAAUAUUGUGGAGCUUAAAGGAGCUUAUGAGGAUAAGCAUUCUGUGCAUUUGGUUAUGGAGCUUUGCGCAGGUGGAGAGUUGUUCGAUAGGAUUAUUGCUAAAGGACAUUACUCGGAGAAAGCAGCUGCUUCGUUGCUAAGAACCAUUGUUCAGAUUGUGCAUACUUGCCAUUCCAUGGGGGUUAUUCACAGGGAUUUAAAGCCAGAGAACUUUCUGUUACUCAACAAAGAUGAAAAUUCUCCUCUCAAAGCCACGGACUUUGGGCUGUCGGUUUUCUACAAGCCAGGAGAGGUGUUCAAGGAUAUUGUGGGGAGUGCUUAUUACAUUGCACCUGAGGUUUUGAAAAGGAAGUAUGGACCAGAAGCCGAUAUUUGGAGUAUAGGUGUCAUGUUGUAUAUCCUCUUGUGUGGUGUUCCACCAUUCUGGGCUGAGUCGGAGAAUGGGAUAUUCAACGCCAUCCUAAGGGGACAUGUUGAUUUCUCAAGCGAUCCAUGGCCAUCUAUCUCGCCUCAGGCGAAGGAUCUUGUUAAGAAGAUGCUCAACUCUGAUCCCAAGCAAAGACUAACAGCUGCCCAAGUUCUAAACCAUCCAUGGAUCAAGGAGGAUGGAGAGGCACCAGAUGUUCCUCUUGACAAUGCGGUGAUGUCCAGGCUCAAGCAGUUCAAAGCAAUGAACAAUUUCAAGAAAGUUGCAUUACGGGUGAUAGCAGGGUGCUUAUCAGAGGAAGAGAUCAUGGGGUUAAAGGAGAUGUUUAAAGGUAUGGACACUGAUAGCAGUGGAACAAUAACACUCGAGGAGCUAAGACAGGGACUAGCUAAACAAGGUACAAGGUUGUCAGAAUACGAAGUCCAGCAGCUAAUGGAAGCUGUAAGUCCUUUGGAUACUAGCAAGAGAGACUCACUACCGAUUUUUUGUUUUUUUUGCUCUGCGUUACAUGGAAUUCUACAGGCUGAUGCUGAUGGUAAUGGAACAAUAGACUAUGGUGAGUUCAUCGCAGCCACAAUGCACAUUAACAGACUUGACAAAGAAGAACAUCUUUACUCAGCCUUCCAACACUUUGACAAAGACAACAGUGGAUAUAUCACAAUGGAAGAGCUAGAGCAAGCCCUACGGGAGUUUGGCAUGAAUGAUGGCAGAGACAUUAAGGAGAUAAUUUCCGAGGUUGAUGGAGACAAUGAUGGUCGGAUAAACUAUGAUGAAUUUGUGGCAAUGAUGAGAAAAGGAAACCCGGAUCCUAUCCCAAAGAAGCGGCGUGAGAUGUCAUUUAAAUAAACAAUUAUUGAAGUAGAGGAAGAGAGGAGGAGAUAGAAGGAGAGCAGCACAUUGGGUCGAGAAACUCAUCUUCCUUUUCACAAAUGAGAGAGAUAAGGCAAAGCAAAUAUCAAAGAGAAAAGUUAUUCUAAAGUUAUGCUCGGACCGCUAAUGAUUGAACUGGAAGAUAUCUUUUAGGGAGGAGAGGGCUCAAGAAGGAAGACAAAAUCAUAAACUGGAGGGUUUGGGGGAGGUGUUUGAUGUAUGUACAUUUUAUUUUCUAGUUGUCUACUAGUGCUUAAAGUGCCAUGGGGUUUCUCAAUGUACUUAAAAAAUUCUUUUAUCAAUUCUCUUGUAUGUGUUUAGUGAAAUUUGUUCUUACUUCCUAGCAAAACAGUGAGCACCAAUUUGGAAAAAUAAUCAUAGAGCUAAACACAUAUAUCAACAACGGCUAAGGCAGAGUGAACCUAAAACCAAAUCGAUCAAGGCCUUCAUCAGAACCUACGAUUAGUUCUCCCUAAAUAUCCUUCAAACAAGGUUAUCAACUGCAUCAAAGUAAUAAAAUUUCGUAAGAGCAAUAGCUAAAUUUGGAGUAAAAAAGAUGUAUUUUUUCACUGAUUGGUCGAUGUAAAGGACAAAAGAGCAAACACACAUAACCAAAACCAUACAGA